AUGAUAGGCCACCUCGUCUCGACGGUGGAGCUGGCAAAUCUCCUCGUCGAUCGCGACGAUCGACUCUCUGUCACCGUUCUCCUCAUGAAGUUGCCCUCCGAUCCCAACUCUACCACUUACAUUAACUCCCUCGCAGCGGCACCCGAUUCCUCCUCCUCCUCCGCCGAAGCCGUGACCGGCCGCAUCCGGUUCGUCAUCCUUCCUCAGGAGGACUCAGUCCUAGAGCUACUGCAAUCUUCCACUUCCCCCAACACAUUCUUCUCCGCUUUCGUGGACUACCACAAAACCCGAGUCCGAGAGGCCGUGGCCCGACUCACUGAGUCAGACAACUCGGUCCGACUCGCCGGGUUCGUCGUAGAUCUGUUCUGCACCCCCAUGAUGGACAUAGCCGACGAGUUCGGCGUCCCUUCCUACGUCUUCCUCACCUCUGGCGCGGCUUUUCUCGGUCUCCUGUUCCAUCUCCAGGUCUUACACGACGAGCACGGCGUGGAUGUUACUGAGUUCAGGGACUCGGGCGCUGAGUUGGCGGUUCCGAGUUUCGCGAACCCGGUUCCCGCCAAAGUCUUGCCUUCCAUUGCAAUGGACAAAGAGGAAGGUGGGUCCAAUUUUUCAUUGACCGUUACAAGACGAUUUAGAAAAGCAAAGGGCAUUAUGAUUAAUACAUUUGCGGAGCUAGAAUCUCAUGCUCUCGACUCCUUUUUGAGCUACGGCAAAAAGAUCCCACCUAUCUAUCCUGUGGGACCCAUUCUCAAUCGAAAGGCUAAGAUUAGUCGUGAUGCAACUGAGAUCAUGAUGUGGCUUGAUAAACAACCUCCAAGGUCAGUGGUGUUUAUGUGCUUCGGCAGCAAAGGGAGCUUUGAUAAGGACCAGAUUCGAGAGAUAGCGCAUGGGCUUGAGCUUAGCCGAUGCAGGUUCUUGUGGUCAUUACGUCGGCCAUCGAUGAAAGACCACUUUGGACUUUCUAGUGAGUAUUCAAAUCUAACAGAGGUGCUGCCCGAAGGGUUCUUGGAACGAACGAAUGAGAUUGGGAGGGUAGUGGGAUGGACCCCACAGAUGGCAGUCUUAUCCCACGUGGCCAUUAGAGGGUUCAUGUCGCAUUGCGGGUGGAACUCCAUAUUAGAGAGCAUGCGAUGGGGAGUGCCAAUUGCCACAUGGCCGAUGCACGCAGAACAACAACUGAAUGCAUUUGAGGUGGUGAGGGAGCUAGGAUUGGGCGUGGAAGUCACACUAGAUUACACAAUGGGAAGCGUGGGGGUUGUCAUGAAUGGAGAGGACAUGGAGAGAGGGAUCAGGGGGUUGUUGGAGGAUGAUGAUGAGAUGCGGGAGAAAGUGUGGGGAAUGAGAGAGAAGUCCCAAAAUGCCAUAAGGGAAGGUGGGUCCUCCUGGUCUUCACUAGAACGCUUCAUUCAUGAUGUUAUGUCUAUCAAAUGA